AUACGUGAAGAUCAAUUAAUUUCUUUGAAAUUUACAAAGCUUCCUAGGACCUAGAUACCGUAAAUAAAAGUUGUAUAACUGUGAAUAAUAACCCAGGCUCCACUACGCCGUUUUCUGUACGAUUUUGCGACAAUGCGAGAUUUUGCGAGAAUGCGAUGGGAUGCCCUCGCCCCUCACCCUCGGGUGUCAGUUGUCAGUUUUCACUGUCGGUGAUGCCAGAAAAUGUUCAUAUGGGCCUUGUUUCACCGGUGAUAGCAGCAUGCUGCUAUUACACGUGUCAAAUUAAUGGGUUUCCAUGGAAACAUCAACUAACCAUGGUGUCAUCAAUCUGUGUGAUUAAUGUCAUCAAAUAUUGCUGCUAACAUCUUCAGGGACGUGCGAUCAACCAAUGUAUGAAACGCAUUCAACGAGACAGCAACUCUGUUCCAAAUGCAGCUAUGAAAAAUCUCACAGAUUACAUGAAACAUCAUUAGUGUGACGUCAUCACAUUACAUCAGCUCGCGCAAUUUGAUAGCCACAUUGCGGCCAUCGCAUUGUCACAUGAAAUGUCACGCAACAUUGCCCGCGCAUUACCACAAAAAUGUACAGAAUUCUGAACUUCUUUGCGAUGUGAUAUCCCAAUAUUGCAAAAUCACAUGUAAAAAUCAAAUAGUGGAGCCUGCACUUGGCAUUCAAAACAUAAUUUUUCUUUUAGGCUUGUUAACUAUCAGUAUUAGUACCUAAGCCUGGUGUCCCAUCCCAGCCCCAGGAAGAUGCCAGAUUGCUGAUUGAGACAUUGGAGAUAUAUAAUAGACCAACCUAACCUGACCUGACCUGACCUAACCUACAGCCUACAAACCUACAACCUAACCUGACCUGACCUGACCUGACCUAACCUUACCUACAACCUACAAACCUACAACCUAACCUACAAACCUAUAACAUACAAUGGUAUUUGGCAUUAUUCAGAUCAGCAGCAGCUUCAGUUAUAGUUCAAGCUUCAAAAAGUUCAAAGUUGAAAUUACAAUCUCCAUGAUUUUUGGGAGCUUGGAAUAACAUUUUGAAUGACACUCAAAUUGGCAAUUGCAAGUGACAACAUAAAAGAUAUCAGAGAUGCCUGCAGACAUUGCUGCCUACUGCUAUGCAGCUCUGGUGGCAGCCGGAGGCAUAAUAGGCUUCAGCAAAGCUGGCAGCGUGCCGUCGCUGGUGGCCGGCCUGGGUUUCGGCGCAGCGCUGGCGGUGGGCGCCCAGCAGGUCUCCGCCGACCCUGCCAACUACCAUCUCUCCCUGCUGGCCAGCUCUGUGCUGCUGGCCGUGAUGGGAGCCCGCUUCAGACGCAGCGGCAAGAUGAUGCCGGCCGGACUCGUGGCGGCCAUCAGUCUGGUGUUCGUCAUUCGGUACGGCUCGCGGGCUCUGACUGGCUCCCAGUGGUAAGUGGCCAGACAGGAGACCCUACAGACCAACAUAAUAAUAUCCAGAAGGACAUACGAAGUAUCUAGCUUCAGGCGGAGGACGCUCACAUUCCUUCAAGGAUCACUGCGGGCCAAACCGUGGUCCAAACGUUCCCGGUGGCUAGCGAAGGAUGAUAAAUGGGGCGCACAGACGGCCUUCCCCUCGGCUGUGUGCCAUGUGACGCGGAAUAUUCCCCGAUUGACGUGAAUUCGGAUCGGUAUACGGAAUACGGAUAUAGCUUCGAAUUUCGAUACCAGCUGCCGCCAUCGAAGGGUGCAUUGUCGAUACUUCAGCAAGUCUAUCAGCAUGCUAGGAUGGACUUUGUAAGCAACUGUUGUGGAUAUUCGAUUGAAGUGCGAGGGUAUUUCCACAGUUGUUAACUGGAGUGAUCUUUAUUGAUUCCUUUGUUUAUUUUUGAAAGAGCUGAUGUAUAAUGGACCAAACAUGGAAUGUGAUUCACGAGUAAAUACACGUUUAUGUAUCUUUGUAAAUGGUUGCAUCGCUAGUGAA